CACGUAUCUCGCGAAAAGGCGAGGCCGUCGGGCACCCCGGGCAACUUCAGACAGCACACACGCGUUUCAUGUCAAAUCGCAAACUCGAUCGCGAAUAACGCCGGGCCGUCUCAAUCUUUUUGUGCGACUUGCGCGCGGGGAUAACGGUUCCGUCCGUGGCCUGUCCUAUCAGCCCCUGCGCGUUGGUGGGCCGUGUGCUUUUGACAGCUCUAGACAGCCCGAAACAAUAAUUCCGCACUAUUUAGCCGCACGCUCCCUCCUACCCUCUUAUCUUCGCUAUAUUCUUUACAUUUUAAGACGUGACGUCUCUCUCGUGACGUGCCACGUGAGAGAAAGAAAUGAAAUUUGGACGGGGUGUGAAAAGUGCAGCUUAAAAGGACGGUCCUCGUUAACUGUGCUUGCUCGAAACGCGUUUUUCUUCGGGGACAUGGUAAACAGCGAGGCCAAUGCCAGGCGUAUCGCGAUGGUCGAAAACUGCUUCGGCAGUUCGGGUCAGCCGCUCGCAGUACCCGGCCGAGUUCUGGUGGGUGAAGGGGUCCUGACAAAAAUGUGCAGGAAGAAGCCCAAACCUAGACAGUUCUUCCUAUUCAACGACAUAUUGGUUUACGGAAAUAUUGUGAUUAAUAAGAAAAAGUACAACAAACAGCAUAUAAUACCAUUGGAGGAGGUAAAGUUGGAGUCUCUAGCAGACGAAGGUCAAUAUCGUAAUGGAUGGCUCAUUAAGACAGUAACAAAGUCGUUUGCUGUUUAUGCUGCUACUCCAACAGAAAAGCAAGAAUGGAUGGCACAUAUCACGAAAUGUAUCGAAGAUUUGUUAAGAAAGAGCGGUAAAAAGCCUGUCGAGGUCCACGCAGCUGUUUGGGUGCCAGAUAACGAAGCUACAAUUUGUAUGCACUGCAAUAAAACACAAUUCACAGUAUUAAACAGACGGCAUCAUUGUAGGCAAUGUGGAGCAGUAGUUUGUGGACCAUGCAGUAAUAAGAAAUUAUUACUGCCUGGACAAGGAAAUGGGAAAGCUGUCAGAGUCUGUUUACAAUGUUACGAUGCCGCUAGUAAAAUCAAAGCUAUACCCACGACUGCUGUGGAUAGCUUAAAUAACAAAGAUCCGCAACGUAAUUCCGCUGACAGUUCAGGAGGUGACAGUUCUGGAGAUGACGAUGACGGAAAUAAGGAAGAGAAUCACGAUGAGCCUAAAUUCUAUUCCACGCUCGGCCGAUGAAAAUGACUGUACAUCAUAACGCGAAAUAUGAAACGAAAUACGAAAGAGAUACGAAAAUUCUACAGAAAAA